CGGGGCGUCAGCGGAGGACCGCGCUGCUCGCGGGUCACCUCGGGCUCCGCGGCGACGCUGGUGGAGACGGGCGUGUGAGCCGCGGGCCUGGGCUCCGGGCACGAUGCUCGGGCUCCUGGGCUCGGCGGCCCUGGUGCUGGUAGCCGGGGCGCCUUGGGUGCUGCUCGCAGCCGCAGAUGGGGAAGAGCUGGAGCCCCCUGAGGAUGUGGACGUCUACAUUGUAGAUGACAACCUAACCCUAAAGUGGAGCCACAAAGGAGAGCCAGCGGGCAAUGUGACCUUUUCCGCAGAGUACCAAACAGACGAGAUGGAGAACUGGCUAAAAUUGCCUGGGUGUCACCACGUUACGGGGACUGAAUGCGAAUUCUCUUUGCUGAACACAAAUAUUUAUGCCGAAAUGAAGUUUCGUGUAAGAGCCGAAACAGGAAAAAGCACUUCUUCAUGGGCUGAGGUUGACCCGUUUAUUCCGUUUCUCAGAGCUCACAUUGGCCCCCCGGGAGUGCGUUUAGAAGCUGAAGAUCAAGCUAUCGUAGUGGACAUCUCUUAUCCCGGACGAGGCGGGAAAAUGUGGGAAGGUGAUACUCUCCGCUUCCAGUACAGGAUAGUAAUCUGGCAGAGGUCUUCGAAUGAGACGAAGACUAUUACAACUUCUUAUUACACAAUAAAGAUCUCAAAACUGUUGCCAGAGACUACUUACUGUUUAAAAGUUAAAGCGAUACACACGUUCCGUGGGAAACACAGCAAUUACAGCGCAGUCCAGUGUAUAAACACCACAGAGGCAAGCAAGAUGCCUGUGCCGGAAAACAUAGAAAUGGAUGCCCUAGGUGAGAGCUAUGUUCUGAGAUGGGACUGUGCGCCUGCAGACGUGAGCUUCCGAGCACAGUGGCUCCCUAACUUUUAUAAAAGUACUUCUGGAAGCUCUCCCGAUAAAUGGAAGCCAAUACCUGCCUGUGCAGAUAUCCGAACUAUGCAGUGUGUCUUUCCUCGGAACACCAUCCACACAGAUCAUUUCCUUCUCCGGGUACAAGCCUUCCGUGGAAAUAACACAUCUUUUUGGUCCGAAGAGAAAUUGAUCAAUUCCCAAAAAUACACUAAGAUCCCUCCUCCCAUCGUUGCUGUCACCCCCACCAGGGACUCGUUGCUUGUCUAUGUCAGCUGUCAAGACCACUCCCUCAGCAAGUGUCGCAAGCUAACUUAUGAAGUCGUUUUUUGGGACAAGACUUCCAAUACUAAGAGAAGAGUGGUGAAGGAGAGCCCAGAGUUUACCAUCGAGAACUUGCAGCCACAGACUGUGUACUGCGUGCAAGCCAGGGUGCUCUCGUUUGCCACAUGGAACAAAAGCAGCGACUUCAGUGAUGCGCUGUGUGACGCGACCAGGCCAGGAAAUUCUUCUUCCAUGAACUGGAUCCUAACUGUAUUAGGCACUCUGUUUUUUUCUGCCCUGGCCCUUUAUGCCGGAAAGAACCUCGUGAAAUGCCUCAACUCUGAGUUCUUUUCAUCGCCCAAACCUCCCCCCAGUAUUGAUGAGGUUUUCUCUGAGCCGCCUUCAAAGUACCUUCUCUUUUUGACUCCUGAGGAACACACUGAGAGAUGCUUCAUCAUCGAAAACACAGGCACUGUUGCUGUAACAGGAGGAAAUCCCAGCCCCGAGGGGGAACACAGGAAGUACACUUCCCAGUCCAGCCAGGACUCGGGGAACUAUUCUAACGAAGAGGAAAGUACGGGGAGCGAGAACAGCCAGGGACUCAGGCCGCAGGGCUGCCCCGAGCACAGUGGGCCCUUCUAGAACUCCAUGUGGCAGGCUGUGGAGCAUGCGUUGCCCUCCUGGGACCUGAGAGAGGGCGUCCGCUUCCUGGGAACAGAAGAAUCCAGAGCCCAGUCCUGCAGGCACAGUAGCUCUCCAGUGCUGACAGCCGGUCCGGCACCACGUGCUCUCCUCUGUGAGGAGGGCUUAGCCGAGGGUGGCUGCCUGCGUCUGUGGCAGCUGAAGUCCCUGGUGCUGGCUUGGGCCACAGCUGUGACUCUCUGCUGCCCACGCCACCUGGUAUUCUCUCUCAGUGUUCAUAUUCUAGGAGACAUCCAGAACAUACAUUUGGCUUUUUAAUACUGUGGUACCCCUAAGGUGUCUGAGGUACCGCCGGCUACACUAGCACUUCCUAACCCUAGCUUUCCACAGCAGUGGCUUCUGCCUGAACUCAGAAGUCACCGAGGCCGUGGAGAAAGGGACUCCCUGAGUGGAGUAGCUGCCCUUGCAGUUUAAGAUCUCAGUGGGGCCUGGGUGAGCGCUCUAGUGCCUGUGGAGCCAGACGGACGCCGUUCGCUGAGGGAGACAAACGGUGCACAGCCAGCCUCGCUGUCACACCCCGUGUGGGUGUCCGCGGCCUCUCUGUGCUGUUUGUGAUACCAGCUGACGGCUCAGCACCCAUGUCCUUCAGGUGUCAGCUGCUGUGGUGAUGGGAGAGAGCCGGUGGUGUGGCUGUCCACAGGUGCCUGUAACUCACUUGAAAUCCAGGCCCAUGGUUAUCGUCCAUAGCAGGACACCCAGCAGCCCCGGUGGCUCCGGGUGGACUGUUAGCCCAGGUGUGGCAGGACCCCAGCCGGGAGGUGGCGCCGCCUUUAGUCCCCAGCACGUGGGAGGCAGAGGCAGGCAGAGCUCGGUUCCAGGCCAGAGGAGAUGAGAGUGGAGGGCAUGGCCUUGGCCCCCGUUACCUCCGUACCCCGCCUCUUCAGCCGCCCAGCCCUGCCCCUCCUGUGUUCCCCACGGAACAGCCUACAGAGAAGCAAGGCCUGUCAGGAUGUGGGCAAGCGAAGGCCCCGACAUUAGCAUUAAGUGUUCCAUCCCUCACACGUACAAACACGAGUCUUCGGGGUGAGACCCCACAACAAGCCCUCGGUGGCUGCAGUAGGUGGGGAGGGGACUUCCCUGCCUACUAAACAGCAAAGGCAGUCCCCCCUCCCAAUGCCUUAUGCCUAUGACAAUGGGUUGCCGUCUAAGGUGAUGACAGGGUUGUCCUUAGGAACGCCAUGCACGUGGGGCUGGAGAGAGAGUUCAGUGGUUAGAGCACCCAAGUUCGGCCCCCAGCACCCACAUGGUGGCUCACAGCUGGCUGUCACUUAGCUCCAGAGGAUGCAAUGAGGGCUUCUGUGUGGGUUGCCUCAGGCACCGGGCAUGUGCAGCGUGAACUCGCUUGUAGGUAAGACACCCGUGCAUGUAAGACCUUCAGGAAAUACAGAUCUAAGAGAAGAAAUACCAUGCACCCUAGGGCGAGCCACCUGGGAGUUCUUGGCGUUCUUAGAGGAGCUCAGUGCCAUCCCCGGCUAAUGUGGAAAUGGUCUCGGUAGUGUGUGCAGAUGCAGAGUGACAGCCCCAUGGGUGCGUCUGCAUGCACCCACACAGGUGACCCGGCUACAUUCCAUGAGCGCUGCCACAGAGCAUCGAUUAGCAGUCCAAUCUAAAACAGAGCAGCUGUUCUAGACCAGAGUCACUUAAAGGCUGAGCAGAAAUCUGUGACAAAUGGGCCAGGUACAAUGGUGUCUGCUGUGCUCCCUUCCCAGCUGCCUAGGAACUUGGGGCCUACCUGAGCCACAUAACAGGCACAUUGUUUGUGUACAGGUGUGGACACGUGAGUGUGUGUGUAAAAAAUACAGAGCCCGGCAGGCUAUGAUACUUCGGACAGCCUCGAAUUUCCCUUGGGACUUGGGGGCAGGGUCACCGAAGCCUUCCCCACCCUCGCUGUAGCCUUGUGUACCUGGCGAGCACUGUUCUUUGGAGUCCGUUUUCCUCUAGUGCCGAAGCUUCGAGCGAGGACUGAGUUCCUCACUGGGCCUGCAGCCCCUGCAAUGGUGCAGCCCCAGGACCCCCGAACGCGUGAGAUCUGAGACCGAAGCAGGCGUAGGUGCUCGUUGCUUGCGGAGGGAAAUCGCCGAGUUUCUACGUUUCUAUGACCACGUUUGUAUCUCGUCCUUUCGUAUGAUUGCCCGAGGCUCACUGCUGCAAAAUGAUUUUACGUACCACGCCGGAGCCACAACUCUGGAUUUUGGUGGGUGCUGCUUUGAACUCGGAUUGUGUGUGCCAGCAUCCUGCAGGUGGCGGAGUGAGGAGAGCCGUGCAGGUCUGCCGCCCCUUGCAGUGUCUGUCGAGCACGUGUGCUGACACCCUGCUGUCUCACUCGGGAGACUCAGUGGACACUCUGUCAGCUCCCUUCCUCGCAGUGGAGGAAUAAUAAAUCCAUCAUUCUUCCUAA